CUCAGCGGAUGGGAAGAGUUUGAUCUCUGUGGGAAUUGAUGAAUUUCACUCCAUCGUCAUCUGGGACUGGAAGAAAGGAGAGAGACUGGCCAAGGCCAGGGGUCACAAAGAGAAGAUCUUUGUAGUGAAGAGUAACCCGUUCAGGAUGGACAAACUGGUGACUGUCGGCAUAAAACACAUCAAGUUCUGGCAACAUUCAGGCGGCGGUCUGACGUUCAAACGGGGGAUUUUUGGGAACCUGGGGAAGCAGGAGACGAUGAUGUCGGCGUGUUACGGUCGGUCGGAGGACCUGGUCUUCUCCGGAGCGACCAAUGGAGACGUUUACAUCUGGAGAGACACAACGCUCAUCAAGACCAUCAAGGCCCAUGACGGCCCCGUCUUCGCCAUGUGCUCCCUGGACAAG